CCCCCGCCUGCGUUUGCGCCGGGCCGAUGCGGCGCGCGCUCCACGCUGUCCUGCUCAGCAAUGAUUAACCCGGCGGGGCGGCAGGCGCGCGGCCUGGGGCGGAGGCGCAGGCCCGGGGCGGGACCCCGAGGGGCAGCUGGGCUUCCUGUUCUCGCCCAAGUUUCCCCGUAGAGCGCGCGUCGCAGCCCGUCGCGGCGCGGCGUGGCGGGGUGCAGCGUGCGUGGGUGCUGGUCGGCCACCGGGGUCACCAUGAGGACUCUCCGCAGGUUGAAGUUCAUGAGUUCGCCCAGCCUCAGUGACUUGGGCAAAAGAGAGCCGGCCGCCGCCGCCGCGGACGAGCGGGGCUCGCAGCAGCGCCGGGCUUGCGCCAACGCCACCUGGAACAGCAUCCACAACGGGGUGAUUGCCGUCUUCCAGCGCAAGGGGCUGCCGGACCAGGAGCUCUUCAGCCUCAACGAGGGUGUGCGGCAGCUGCUGAAGACAGAGCUGGGGUCCUUCUUCACCGAGUACCUGCAGAACCAGCUGCUGACAAAAGGCAUGGUGAUCCUUCGGGACAAGAUCCGCUUCUAUGAGGGACAGAAGCUGCUGGACUCGCUGGCAGAGACCUGGGAUUUCUUCUUCAGUGACGUGCUGCCCAUGCUGCAGGCCAUCUUCUACCCUGUGCAGGGCAAGGAGCCGUCCGUGCGCCAGCUGGCCCUGCUGCACUUCCGAAACGCCAUCACCCUGAGCGUGAAACUGGAGGAUGCGCUGGCCCGCGCCCACGCCCGAGUGCCACCCGCCGUCGUCCAGAUGCUGCUGGUGCUGCAGGGCGUGCACGAAGCCAGGGGUACGACCGAGGCCUACCUGCGCCUGGAGACACUGGUCCAGAAGGUGGUGUCCCCCUACUUGGGCACCUACGGCCUCUACUCAAGCGAGGGCCCCUUCGUCCACUCCUGCCUUCUGGAGAAGCGUCUCCUGCGCCGCUCCCGCUCAGGGGACGUCUUGGCCAAGAACCCCGUGGUGCGCUCCAAGAGCUACAACACGCCGCUGCUGAAUCCAGUGGCCGAGCACGAGGCAGAGGGCACGGCGGCUGGUGGCACAAGCAUCCGCAGGCACUCGGUGUCCGAGAUGACAUCCUGCCCAGAGCCCCAGGGCUUCACCGAUACACCCAGCCAGGGGCCCACAACACCCCACUCGGGGCCCUGGCCCAGCAGACUGUACCCCACAACCCAGUCCCCCAAGUCCAGCCCAGCCCUCGCCUCUGCACCCAGCCCCGAGACCCUGGACCAGACCCUGGAGUCAGCAGACUCGGAUUCCGAGGGCAUCUUCAUUGACUUUGGCCGGGGCAGCAGCUCUGGGGUGCCCAACUUCGAGAGGACCGGGGGCCGGCAGAGCAUCGUGUGAGUGGCAGGGCUGACAGCCCUUUCCUGACCACGUGAGAACGUGUCCUGAUGGUGCCUGCGUGCGUGCAAGAAGUUUCUACUGUCCCCACUCGCCAGCCCCCUGGCAACCUCAUCACUGCCUCGGUCACUUUAUACUCCCUGCUCCCGUCCAGUGAAAGCUGUCACCUCUAGUGUCACCAGGGACAUAGCGAGUGUCCAGUGUGGGGGUUACUGCAUCCCUGCCUGCCACACUGGCGGUGUCCACAUCCGUCACAGACUGAAUGGGUGCUGCCUGCCUGCAUGGCCCAGAUCAGCCCCAGGGGGCAGGGCUCUGUAGCAGCCCCAUCCUUGUCCCCACAGGCUGCAUUGGGCCACCACCUGCCCUCCCUCUGCCUGAGGGGGCCCUGGAGGACAGGCAGUGUGGAAUAAA